GCGGGCCGCCCAUGCCCUGCCCCGCCUCGCCGCGCCGGGGCCCCGCGCCGCUGCGCCCAUGCCGUUCUCGGGCGAGGAGCGGAGCCUGCAGGGCAUCUACAAACCGGCGGGGCCGGCGGAGGGGCGGCCGCUCUGCCCCGAGUGCUACACCAACCGCUCCUUCGUGUACGACGAUGGCAGCGCGCACAGGCUCUCGUCGCCCGGCGGCUGCGGCGGCGGGGACGGCGGCGGGAGCCGCAAGAGCGGGGUCAUUCUGGACAUCGCCGCCCUGAAGAUGACGGAGCUGGAGUCCGAGGUGCUGCCCCUGCCGCCCCGGUACCGCUUCCGAGAUCUGCUGCUGGGGGACCAGUCCUUCCAGAGCGACGACAGGGUGCAGGUCGAGUUCUACGUGAAUGAAAACACCUUCAAGGAGCGGCUGAAGCUCUUCUUCAUCAAAAACCAGCGAUCCAGCCUGAGGAUCCGGCUCUUCAACUUCUCCCUGAAGCUGCUCACGUGCCUCCUGUACAUCGUGCGUGUCCUGCUCGACAACCCCGAGGAGGGCAUAGGCUGCUGGGAAUGUGAGAAGCAGAAUUACACAGCGUUUAACCAGUCCACGAACAUAAACUGGUCACACAUCUUCUGGGUGGACAGAAAAACACCUCUGUGGGCUGUGCAGGUCAGCAUCGCUCUCAUCAGCUUUCUGGAGACCAUGCUGCUCAUCUAUCUCAGCUACAAGGGGAACAUCUGGGAGCAGAUUUUUCGCAUUUCCUUCGUCCUUGAGAUGAUCAACACGGUGCCGUUCAUUAUCACGAUAUUCUGGCCUCCUCUGCGGAAUUUGUUCAUUCCCGUGUUCCUGAACUGCUGGCUGGCCAAGUACGCCCUGGAGAACAUGAUUAACGACCUACACCGAGCCAUCCAAAGGACGCAGUCCGCGAUGUUUAACCAGGUGCUCAUUCUCAUCUGCACCCUCCUGUGUCUCGUUUUCACGGGGACCUGUGGCAUCCAGCAUUUAGAAAGAGCAGGUGAGAAGCUCUCCCUCUUCAAGUCCUUCUAUUUCUGCAUCGUCACCUUUUCCACCGUGGGCUACGGAGACGUGACCCCAAAGAUCUGGCCUUCGCAGCUGCUCGUCGUCAUCAUGAUCUGCGUCGCCCUGGUCGUGCUGCCGCUCCAGUUCGAGGAGCUCGUCUACCUGUGGAUGGAGCGGCAGAAGUCGGGCGGCAACUACAGCCGGCACCGGGCGCAGACGGAGAAACACGUCGUGCUCUGCGUCAGCUCCCUCAAGAUUGAUCUCCUCAUGGACUUCCUCAACGAGUUCUACGCCCACCCACGCCUGCAGGAUUACUACGUGGUGAUCCUCUGCCCAACAGAGAUGGACAUCCAGGUGCGGCGGGUCCUGCAGAUCCCUCUGUGGUCGCAGCGGGUGAUCUACCUCCAGGGCUCUGCACUGAAGGACCAGGACCUCAUGAGAGCCAAGAUGGACAAUGGAGAGGCCUGUUUCAUCCUCAGCAGCCGCAACGAGGUGGACCGGACUGCGGCGGACCACCAGACCAUCCUGAGGGCCUGGGCUGUCAAAGACUUUGCUCCGAACUGUCCCCUCUACGUUCAGAUCUUAAAGCCAGAAAACAAAUUCCACGUCAAGUUUGCAGAUCACGUUGUCUGUGAAGAGGAGUGCAAGUACGCCAUGCUGGCACUGAACUGCGUCUGCCCUGCCACCUCCACCCUCAUCACGCUGCUGGUGCACACCUCCCGUGGCCAGGAGGGCCAGGAGUCCCCGGAGCAGUGGCAGCGGAUGUACGGGCGCUGCUCGGGCAAUGAGGUCUAUCACAUCCGCAUGGGGGACAGCAAGUUCUUCAUGGAGUACGAGGGCAAGAGCUUCACCUACGCCGCCUUCCACGCGCACAAGAAAUACGGCGUGUGCCUGAUCGGCAUCCGGAGGGAGGAGAACAAGAGCAUCCUGCUGAACCCCGGCCCCCGGCACAUCAUGGCAGCGUCCGACACCUGCUUCUACAUCAACAUCACCAAGGAGGAGAACUCUGCCUUCAUCUUCAAGCAGGAGGAGAAGCAGAAGAAGAAGGGCUUUGCGGGGAGGGGCAGCUACGACGGCCCGUCCCGCCUGCCCGUGCACAGCAUCAUCGCCAGCAUGGGUACAGUGGCCAUGGACCUGCAGAACACAGAAUGUCGCCCUGCCAACAGCAGCAAACUGGCUCUGCCGGCCGAGAACGGCUCCGGGAACCGCCGGCCCAGCAUCGCCCCCGUCCUCGAGCUGGCAGACACCUCGUCCCUGCUGCCCUGCGACCUGCUCAGCGACCAGUCCGAGGACGAGAUGACGCAGUCGGACGAGGAGGGGUCGGCGGUUGUGGAGUAUGUGAAGGGCUACCCCCCAAACUCCCCCUACAUUGGGAGCUCCCCGACUCUGUGCCACCUCUUGCCCGAGAAAGCCCCGUUCUGCUGCCUGAGGCUGGACAAGGGCUGCAAGCACAACAGCUUUGAGGAUGCCAAAGCCUACGGGUUCAAGAACAAGCUGAUAAUCGUGUCGGCAGAGACGGCGGGGAACGGGCUCUACAAUUUCAUCGUGCCCCUCCGGGCCUACUAUCGGUCCCGCAAGGAGCUGAACCCCAUCGUGCUGCUGCUGGACAACAAGCCUGAGCACCACUUUCUGGAAGCCAUCUGUUGUUUCCCCAUGGUUUACUACAUGGAGGGCACCAUCGACAACCUGGACAGCUUGCUGCAGUGCGGCAUCAUCUACGCCGACAACCUGGUGGUGGUGGACAAGGAGAGCACCAUGAGCGCCGAGGAGGACUACAUGGCAGAUGCAAAGACCAUUGUCAACGUCCAGACCAUGUUCAGGCUCUUCCCCAGCCUCAGCAUUAUCACAGAGCUGACCCACCCCUCCAACAUGAGGUUCAUGCAGUUCAGAGCAAAGGACAGUUACUCUCUUGCCCUUUCCAAACUAGAAAAGAGAGAGAGAGAGAACGGCUCCAACCUGGCCUUCAUGUUCCGGCUGCCCUUCGCAGCCGGGAGGGUCUUCAGCAUCAGCAUGUUGGACACGCUGCUCUACCAGUCGUUCGUGAAGGAUUACAUGAUCACCAUCACCCGGUUGCUGCUGGGCCUCGACACCACGCCAGGCUCUGGAUACCUCUGUGCUAUGAAGAUCACCGAGGAUGACCUGUGGAUCCGGACGUACGGCCGCCUCUUCCAGAAGCUCUGCUCCUCCAGCGCCGAGAUUCCCAUCGGCAUUUACAGGACGGAGUCUCACAUGUUCGCCACCUCCGAGCCCCACGACAUCAGAGCGCAGUCACAGAUCUCAAUCAAUGUUGAGGACUGCGAGGACACCAAGGACGUCAAGGAGCACUGGGGGAUCAAGACGAGCCACCACAGGAACUCGUGCUCCAGCGACCAGUCGGAGCACCCUCUGCUGCGGCGCAAGAGCAUGCAGUGGGCCCGGCGGCUCAGCAGGAAGGGCAACAAGCACUCCAGCAAGACGGCCGAGUGGAUCAGCCAGCAGCGCCUGAGCCUGUACCGGCGCUCCGAGCGCCAGGAGCUGUCCGAGCUCGUCAAAAACCGUAUGAAGCACCUGGGCCUGCCCACCACCGGGUACGAGGAUGUAGCAAAUUUAACAGCCAGUGAUGUGAUGAAUCGGGUAAACCUGGGAUAUUUGCAAGAUGAGAUGAACGACCACCAGAACACCUUGUCCUACGUGCUGAUCAAUCCUCCCCCGGACACGCGGCUGGAGCUCAACGACAUCGUGUACCUGAUCCGCUCCGACCCGCUGGCCCACGUGGCCAACGACGGCCACAGCCGCAAGAGCAGCUGCAGCAACAAGCUGGGCUCCAGCAACCCCGAGACGCGCGACGAGACCCAGCUGUGAGCGGCCCCCCCGCGCCCAGAGCCCCUGCCAGGGCCACGGGGUGCCGGAGAAGAGGACGGGGCAGCCGGGGGGGCCGGAGGAUGGCCAUGCCCAGCCUGGCUCUGCGCUGUGGGAGGGACGCCCGGAGCCCUGGGAGGGGCAGGACAGCCGGACAGACCCAGGGCUGGACUGACCCAGGGCCGGACAGACCCACGGCCGGACAGACCCACGGCCGGACAGACCCCCCAGCCGGCGGCAGCGCCCCGUGGAUUUUAACUUUUUAUACCGAUACCGCAACUCGUGAGCGAGUCCGCGCUGGGGCCGGCGGGACGGGGCUGAGCCCCCCCCCAACAGGGGCAGGGCUGGGUUUGGUGUCGCCCCACAAGGUGCAGGUUGGUUGCGUUGGGUGGGGCCGGUCAACCUGAGAGCGAAACUGCCCCCAAAACCC